CCAAACGUGCGCGCUCGGACGUGCUUUCCUUUUGUCUUUCGGCUCCCUCACUCAAAAACGAUGCAUCGCUCGUCACCAGACACUGUCGAUCUAACCGGCACCUCGGACUGCGAAAUAGUCUCGACCACACCCGCCCCCAAGGUCAAGGCCAAGAAGAAGCAGAGCCGCAAAGCCCUGCUGCUCAAGAACCUGUACAGGGAGCGCGCGAUCCAAUCUCGGUGCAGCACCUGGCACCGCCAGAUUCAGCGUCGCAAGCCUCCAGACACUGUUCCCCGACGCAGUACUCUGCAAUGCAAGCACGCAGUUGUUCAGCUCUACCGUCAUGGACUGCUCAUAUGCAUGUGGCUACCGCAACUGCCAAAUGAUAUUGUCCAGUAUUCUCGCUGAUCCCGAAUCAGCCAAGCGGCUUGAAAUCAGCACAGUGCCAACGGUCAGGGAGCUGCAGGAGUUGCUGGAGUCGGCGUGGAGCAAGGGGUUCGACAGGGACGGUGCCGAGCAGCUCGGCCACCGUGUCGUCAACACAAGAAAAUGGAUUGGCACGACCGAGAUAUACUGCAUUUUGGCACGGCUCGGCAUCCGUAGCCAUAUCGUUGAUUUCCACCGACCCACGGGCGCCGACAAUUCACAUGCUGCGCUGUUUUCGUGGAUCUCACAGCACUGCAGCCAGUCAAAGUACCCGCUGUAUUUGCAGCACCAGGGUCACAGCCGGACUGUCGUUGGCGUGGAAUCCGCCGCUGGCUCCCUGUUGGUUUUUGAUCCGGACAUGGAUGCUGGCUCGGAGACACCCGAUGCGUUUAGGUACACGCUGGAGAUGACAAAGAAGCACAGCCAGUUUCAGGUGCUGUAUGUCGAUGUACAUGAUGCAGCGGAUAUUCCAAAGGACAUUGGAUCAGUGCGAGUCCCCUGAGAAAAAAUACAGGGUAUUUUGGAAUUAUUUUCUCCGUUCACCAUUGUUCCGAACGGCAUGUUAACAUCCAAUCGCUAAAAUACAACCAUACACAUGCAAGUC